ACCGCCUGCCGCCGCGCCCUGGCCCCGGCUGUGCCUGGGGCCUCUGCGCUCUGCCGGCCGCCCCAGCCCGGCUGCCGCCUUGUUGGCGGUCUCUCCGGUGGAUGUGAUUUCUCUCUUCUUUCGCCUGUUUCUUGAACUUUUUUGAUUUGAAAAAAAGAAAAAGUCUGAGCCGGCCGGGAACAGCUCAGCGCCAGCAGCUCCCCCCACGUGGACGACCCCGAAGGGGACAGGAGUUGGGAGCCAACUUGAUCCCACUGGCCUGGAGACCUCAACCCCGGCUGGACGCACAGCCCUGGGGUCAUGACCCCCACGCUGGGCAGGUGGCAGCCUUCACCUGUCCUGGACAGAACUUGAAGGCCUGCCCUUCCCCCAGCGGCUCUGCUCUGCCACGCACCCACACGGGGCACCUGGGCUAGGCCAGGACACCGGCCUGCGACAUGGAUAAGUAUGGCGACCUGGGCCUGCAGGCCAGCAAGUUCAUCGAGGACCUGAACAUGUAUGAGGCCUCCAAGGACGGGCUGUUCCGAGUGGACAAGGGUGCCAGCAACAAUCCUGAGUUUGAGGAGACUCGCAGGGUGUUUGCCACCAAGAUGGCCAAAAUCCACCUCCAGCAGCAGCAGCAGCAACAGCUUCAGGAGGAGACCCUGCCCAGGGGGAGCAGAGGCCCCGUCAACGGAGCCUCUGUGGGCAGCAGGCUGGUGGGCGAUGGUGCUGCCAGGCCCCCUCUGGCUGCCUCCACCGGGGCAGCCACCAUGGUUGCCGCCGGGCAGCCCCUGUACACCCGCCAGGAGCAGAGGACCAGGCCCGGUGUCCAGGGCCCGAAGCUGGGCAGCCAAGACUGUGGCUCCAGGGAGGGCCCUGCCGGUUUGGAGAGGUCUGCUCCCCAGCGGCCUGGCAUCUGUGAAGAUCCUUCCUGCCUCACUCACGGGGACUAUUAUGACAAUCUCUCCCUGGCAGGCACCAAGUGGGGUGAUGCUCCACCCGGGUCCUCCAGCAUCAGCCUGGGUGCAGGGAGCGGGUGGCCUGGCCCCCAAGGGAGUGACCCGCCACUGCCCAAACCCUGUGGGGACCAUCGCCUGUACCAGCCACAGCCCUCCCUCGGCUCCAGCAGGCCCUUCGAGAGUGCCCUUGGUGGCCAGGAUGCUGGCAUCGGUAACCGCAGCAGUGAGAAGCCAGCAGGCCUUUGGUCCACGGCUUCCUCCCAGCGGGUGAGCCCUGGCCUGUCUUCUCCAGGCUUGGAGAACGGGGCCCCAGGCCUGGGACCCGCUCAGCCCAGGACCCCUCCUGUGUCAGCACCCCUGGCCCCAAACAGCUCUGGGCCAGGAGCUCUUCUGAGAACAGACUCUCGCUUGGGGAGUGAGAUUUCAGGCGUGACAUCCAAACCCGCCGUGGACCCUCAGCCCUGGUUCCAGGAUGGGCCCAAGUCUUACCUUUCCACUUCUGCCCUGUCUUCCUUGCCAGCCAGCAAGGACAGUGCCCAGCUGGGUACUGUCCCCGGGCUGGGGCCUAAGCCUGGCUGUGCAGACCUUGGCACGGCUACCCAGCUCAGCCCCACCAGCCUUGCCCAUCCGGUAAUGUCCACUCUGCCUGACUCGACUUCCAAAGAGGAUCCCCUGGGGUGGUCCCCUGACAGUAGCCUGGGUCCUGAGCUCCCAGAGAGCUCCCCCAGGGUGAGGCUGCCCUGCCAGACCCUGGCCCCGGGACCUGAGCUCGGCCCGUCGGCCGCCGAGUUAAAAUUGGAAGCCCUCACCCAGCGCCUGGAGCGGGAGAUGGAUGCUCACCCGAAGGCCGAUUACUUUGGAGCCUGUGUGAAAUGCAGCAAAGGGGUGUUUGGGGCCGGCCAGGCCUGCCAGGCCAUGGGGAACCUCUACCAUGACGCGUGCUUCACCUGUGCGGCCUGCAGCCGGAAGCUGAGAGGAAAAGCCUUUUAUUUUGUCAAUGGCAAAGUGUUUUGUGAGGAAGACUUCCUGUACUCGGGUUUCCAGCAGUCUGCCGACAGGUGCUUUCUCUGUGGACAUCUGAUCAUGGACAUGAUCCUGCAGGCCUUGGGGAAGUCCUACCACCCGGGCUGUUUCCGCUGCGUCGUCUGUAACGAGUGUUUGGACGGGGUGCCCUUCACCGUGGACUCGGAGAACAAGAUCUACUGCGUCCGAGAUUACCACAAGGUUCUGGCCCCCAAGUGUGCAGCCUGCGGGCUCGCUAUUCUUCCUCCCGAGGGCUCAGAUGAGACCAUCCGUGUGGUGUCCAUGGACAGAGACUACCAUGUGGAGUGUUACCACUGCGAGGACUGUGGUGUGGAGCUCAAUGAUGAAGACGGGCACCGCUGCUACCCCCUGGAGGACCGCCUGUUCUGUCACUCCUGCCACGUCAAGCGGCUGGAGCCGGGCCCCCCGACUGCAGCCCUCCACCAGCACCACUUCUAGCCAGAGCCGCUCCCGGACCUCACGGUGGGGGCCUCUGCGGGGCUGCAGCAGGAGCACCCUGCCUGCCUGUGACUUCCAGGGCCCCUGGAGGGGGAUUUGGGUAGAGGAGGAAGGGGGCCAGGCUGGCAAGUUCAUGUGUGCACACGCGCCUUCCCUUUAACCAGUGGGGUGGCCGCCGUCUGUCUGGUACCUGUGCCUUCCUCCACUGCCACACCCUCAUUGGGUCACUCAGGAAGAGGCCCUGACACACUCGGGAUGUUGGACCCGAGAUUCUAUCUGUGCCACUGAUGGAGCCUGCUGGCACCCUGGGAGCUGUUGAUGCUCUCCCGAGAGAGAGCUUUGCAGUGAGUGUGUGGCCCACUGCCCCUUGCGGUGACAGCUCAGCGGCCGACACCCUCAACCCUUACCCUCCUUAAGGAGAAACUCUGCGCCGAGACACCACGUUCCACCCAUACAGUCUCCCCCACACAGACACAUGUGUGCAUGUGCACACGCCUACACAUGGACUGCACUCACACACACACACACACACUCGCGCCUCCAGGCUUUGUCCUCCCCAGAGCUUCAGCGCGUCUGAGAAGGCUGCAGGUUCUAACCACGUAAGGACAAGAAGGAAGUGCUAACUUGGACUUGCAUCCCGAGAAGAAUCUGCUGAGCAAGCCAAGCCCAGGUUUGAAGCAAGUGAGGCGAGUUUCCCUCCUUCUCCACCUGCAGCACUCUGCCUGUGCAUGGCCCCCCAACCCUCGGUCCCCUGCAAGCAGCCGGGGCCCCUGUGGAGGCUGCCCUGGAAGACGAACUUGGUGCAGGCACCAGGACUUUCUGCCCGCCUGUUAGCGCUGUGUUGUUUUUUUUUUCUCUUGGAGCUGUGACAUUCGGUGGCUUUGGAGCUGCUUCUGCAAAGCAGGUCUCAGGACCCCAGGUGGGGACAGCCCCUAUGCCUGCUCCAGCUUACUUACCGAUGGGGCUUUUGGGAAAUGCUGUCCCUGUCACUGAGAAACGGCCCCUGCAUAGGCAGGGAGAGGCUUUGUGGGUGAGAGACCCCGAGCCGGCCCGCAAGGAAGGACGAGCCUCGGGGGAACCUGCUGGGUUCCUGGGAAGGCUUUGUCUCUGGCCCAGUUCUCGGCACAGGCACCGUGUGUGGUGAAGAAACCAGAACCAGGUACACUGCUUUUUGUCUGUCCUGUUUCAGACCCUUUCCUUCCACUUCAGUCUUCCAUACACAGAAAAUACCUCACAGGUACAGCCUCACCAGGUCGCAGAUAGAGAAGGAAUAGGACCAUCGCGCUGGACUCCGCAGGCUUCGCAGCGGUCUGACUGCCGCUGGCCCGGGCACGUGAUUGGAGCUGCUGGUCGCCUGGGGGUGGAUCCAGUUGCCCUUCAGGGCCCUUGCCCUGGAGGUUUCAGCUGGGCCCCUGGGGCCGCAAGGGCUGGGUUUCAAGACAACCUCUGCAUGGGUCAGGCAAAGUGGGCCCUGCCAGCCACACUCCUGAGGCUAGAGCUCAAGACUGCUCUGUAAUUCAAGCAGGAAGAGGACUGGCUGGCUCCUGUCCUUGCAGCCUGUGGGGAGGGCCCCUGGCCUUGUUACAGGAAGGGCGUGGGGGCCUGGGGACCUGAGUGAGAGGCCCAGGGGCUGGGCUGCCGGCUCGGGCUGCCCCUGUAUGUGGACGCCGGCGUGGUGCUGCACCUGACUCCGUUCACAGGUCGUGCUCUGACUUACUGGGAAGCAGCCGUCGCCUGUAACACAGACUCAGCGCUUAGGAUGGUUUUCUCCAUCUUUAAGGAGCGUGUUGUGUUGGAAUCCCCUGGCCAGAUGUCAGCUGAAGCAGCCAUGAGCCUUCCUCACCUCCUCUUCACAGGCCCACCGACCAGGGGGCCAGGGAACUGAAUCCUGAGCCGGGGCGUCAUCCGGUUCAGCUUUGGCAGGGCCCGGGGGAGAUGGAGCCGGCCUGUGCGUCUUCGCCUGCCCCUGCCAGCCCAGAGUGCUCGCUAUGCCGACACCUUUGCUGUAGAGUGCAUAAAACUGUUGGAGCUGCCGGCCAAGCAGCAGGAAUUCCUAUGCAAACUGGGUAAUCAGUCUAAAUGUAUGUGACUGCUUCUUUAAAUGACAUGGUUUUGACGUGGCCUUGAUUGAGGUGAUCCAGGUGUGUCUGAACUUGGCCUUUUGUGUUAUUUGACAAAAAAACCAUGAAGGAGAGUCUGCGCAUCUGGAAAUCUUGCUGGGGACCUCUCGGGUUCUUAGUCUCCCAGGAGAGCACACGGUAGGAAUCUCAGGUUCCUUCCUUGAACUCCGGCCCUUGCACGGGAGCUAUGAGGAGGGGCUCUCCUAUAAGUUAUUAACCACACAGAACUGUAACGUAAGGGGGUCGUGCUUGUGGGCACCUAACAAGAAAAUCGAAGAGCCCCAUAGAGCGGGAUGAGGUUUUUUUAAAAGUUAGAGCAAGUAGCCCUUCCUGAGUGUCCUGGGUAACUUGGGUUUCAGAAGAGCGAGGAGGACGAUGGCCUGACCCUAAGUCCCAAAGCCGGCCUCCACCCUCCUCCCUGUCCCGUUAUGGUCGUUUUGGUAAAGCGCGAUUUGCUGUCUCUCCCCAGGGCCUGCGCAGGACUCUUGGUUGUCUGUGGUGAUCAGCCCUCUCACCUGGGUCGCUGUGGUGUCCUGGGCGGCUGGCGGGGAACAGGGCACCUUCAGGCACCCCCAUCGCCCUGAUUCCGUGGGCUUGAGUUGCACGUCCACAAUGAAAGCCAGCAGUUAGGAGUUGAGAGAGGAAAGGGAGCGGGUGGUGGCUGCCGGCGCCCCUGCAGGGGGGGUGUGCUUGACGGACCUGUCCAAAACCCUGCCUGCCGGGACCCACUUCCUUGUCUGGGCUCUCGUUUGUACCAAGGCUCAGUCCUCAUUUCCCAGCUAGUAUUUGAAGUAACUUUAGCAGAAGAAAAAAAAAUGAGUAAAAUAUAUAGAGUGCCUUUCAGAUACGGGACGUGCCGUGUAGUGUAUGACAGUUUCACCACGCAGGGGAGUUAUUUUCCUUCAUUGUCCCUUUGACCAUAAAAUUAUCCAAAACUGUACUCUUCCUGUAAAAUUAUGCAAAGUAUUGUGACAAUAAAACUGCAUCAAUUGGUAGACUAUUGA